CACUUCCGCUGACAUCGCAGGUCAGAGGUGACCGGCAAGAUGUCGGCUGGCUGGCGACGACGGUGCUUGGUGUGAGGAGCAUCUCCGUGACAGAAGCUCGGCGGAGACAGCUGACGGAGCCGAAUCGCGGGAGAGAGUUGGAGGCGUUGGCGGCGGCAGAUCGGGCAGGGCCGGGAGUGGGUGCCAAGGGAGCCCCGGCCGCGGGGUGUGACUGUUGGGUGCGCGGGGGAGCGGGGAGUGUCAGGUGCCGGAGACCGGUAAUGCCCCGCCGCCCCUCGGAAAGCCGGGAAGCCGAGCUCCGCGGGGUCCCUUCAUGCCGCCGACUGGUUUAGAGCCCGCCAGAAUGAACAGGAAGAAAGGAGACAAGGGCUUUGAAAGCCCAAGGCCCUAUAAAUUAUAAGUAUUUUUUCAUCUCCCUUUCUUCUACGUUUGGUUUUCAUUAAUUAUAUUUUGUGAUUGCUUGAAACUGAUUUCGUGGGCCUGGGAGGCCUAGUGGGAAACUGGGAGCCACUCACGGUGAUGGGAAUGGUGUUUGUAGGGCGAAAAUGGUUUGAAUGACAGUGUGAUUCAGCAGAUCUACUGCUGCUUGCAGGUUAAUAAACCUUUUUCUUAAAGUACUAAGUUGCAUUUUUGCCCAAAGAAAUUUAUUUUCGUGGCUGUUGCUAAAUUUAAAAUGAGCAAGUUACCCUAAUUUGUAGGGUUUUAGCAUGAAAGAUAAGUGUGAUUCUGAGCUGCCUAGAACACAGUUCUUGUUUGUACUUGGAUAGAGUUACGCCUUAUUUAAUAACUGAAAUAUUUUCUUUAUUCUUUAAUGUACAACUCAUCAGGUCGUCUGCAUCAACAACAUAAACUUCCAGAGAAAAUCUGUUGUGAUCUAUUUUGGCUAUGAAGAGAUGACCUGAUAUAUUGUCCACUAGUUUAAGAUGGCAUCCUGUUGGAGGUCUCAAUUGGUGCUGUAACUGAGCCUUCAGUAGUUGAUCGUGUCAGCUGCUCUGGAUGAUAGGACAAAAGGGAUUUGUGGAACUGACUAUAUUUCCCACAGUUGCAAACUUAAAUAGAAUCAAGUUGAACAGCAAACAGUGUAGAAUAUACCGAGUAAGGAUCAAUGAUUUAGAAGCUGCUUUUAUUUAUAAUGAUCCAACCUUGGAAGUUUGUCACAAUGAAUCAAAACAGAGAAAUCUCAAUUAUUUUUCCAAUGCUUACGCAGCUGCGGUUAGUGCUGUGGAUCCUGAUGCAGGAAAUGGAGAACUUUGCAUUAAGGUUCCAUCAGAAUUAUGGAAGCACGUUGAUGAAUUAAAGGUGCUAAAGAUACACAUCAAUUUUUCUUUGGAUCAGCCAAAAGGAGGUCUUCAUUUUGUGGUACCCAGUGUAGAGGGAAGUAUGGCAGAGAGAGGUGCUCAUGUUUUCUCUUGUGGGUAUCAAAAUUCCACAAGAUUUUGGUUCCCAUGUGUUGAUUCAUACUCUGAAUUAUGUACAUGGAAAUUAGAAUUUACAGUGGAUGCUGCAAUGGUGGCUGUUUCCAAUGGAGAUUUGGUGGAGACAGUGUAUACCCAUGAUAUGAGGAAGAAAACCUUCCAUUACAUGCUUACCAUUCCAACAGCUGCGUCGAAUAUCUCCUUGGCCAUUGGACCUUUUGAAAUACUUGUAGAUCCAUAUAUGCAUGAGGUUACUCAUUUUUGUUUACCUCAGCUUCUUCCAUUGCUUAAACAUACCACGUCGUAUCUUCAUGAAGUUUUUGAAUUUUAUGAAGAAAUUCUUACAUGUCGAUACCCAUAUUCUUGUUUUAAGACUGUAUUCAUCGAUGAGGCUUAUGUUGAAGUGGCUGCUUAUGCUUCCAUGAGCAUUUUUAGCACAAAUCUGUUACACAGUGCCAUGAUUAUAGAUGAGACACCUUUGACUAGAAGGUGUUUAGCCCAGUCCUUGGCCCAGCAGUUUUUUGGAUGUUUCAUAUCCAGAAUGUCUUGGUCUGAUGAAUGGGUAUUGAAGGGAAUUUCAGGCUAUAUUUAUGGUCUCUGGAUGAAAAAAACUUUUGGUGUUAAUGAAUAUCGCCAUUGGAUUAAAGAGGAGCUGGACAAAAUAGUGGCGUAUGAACUAAAAACUGGUGGAGUUUUAUUACAUCCCAUAUUUGGUGGAGGAAAAGAGAAGGAUAAUCCAGCAUCCCAUCUACACUUUUCCAUAAAGCAUCCACAUACGCUUUCCUGGGAAUACUACACUAUGUUUCAGUGUAAAGCUCACCUUGUGAUGAGAUUGAUUGAAAACAGGAUCAGUAUGGAAUUUAUGUUACAAGUUUUCAAUAAACUGCUAAGUUUGGCUAGUACUGCUUCAUCUCAGAAGUUCCAGUCACAUAUGUGGAGUCAGAUGUUGGUUUCCACAUCUGGAUUUUUGAAAUCCAUCUCGAAUGUCUCUGGCAAAGACAUCCAGCCUUUAAUAAAGCAGUGGGUAGACCAGAGCGGAGUGGUAAAAUUUUAUGGAAGUUUUGCCUUUAAUAGAAAACGAAAUGUCUUGGAAUUGGAAAUAAAACAAGAUUAUACAUCUCCUGGAACUCAGAAAUAUGUGGGACCCCUUAAAGUGACAGUACAGGAGUUAGAUGGAUCCUUCAAUCAUACAUUGCAAAUUGAAGAAAACAGUCUUAAACAUGAUAUACCCUGCCAUUCCAAAAGCAGAAGGAAUAAGAAGAAAAAAAUUCCACUGAUGAAUGGAGAAGAAGUUGACAUGGAUCUUUCUGCAAUGGAUGCUGAUUCUCCUUUGCUGUGGAUAAGGAUAGACCCAGACAUGUCGGUAUUGAGGAAAGUAGAAUUUGAGCAAGCAGAUUUUAUGUGGCAGUAUCAGCUCCGCUAUGAGAGGGAUGUUGUGGCACAGCAAGAGUCCAUUUUGGCCUUGGAAAAGUUCCCCACUCCAGCAUCUCGGCUUGCCCUAACUGACAUAUUAGAACAGGAGCAGUGUUUCUACCGCGUGAGAAUGUCAGCUUGCUUCUGCCUUGCAAAGAUUGCAAAUUCAAUGGUGAGCACAUGGACAGGACCACCAGCCAUGAAGUCACUCUUCACUAGGAUGUUUUGUUGUAAAACUUGUCCAAACAUUGUGAAAACAAACAACUUUAUGAGCUUUCAAAGUUACUUUCUACAGAAGACUAUGCCAGUUGCGAUGGCUUUAUUGAGAGAUGUUCAUAACCUUUGUCCCAAAGAAGUCUUAACAUUUAUUUUAGACUUAAUCAAGUACAAUGACAACAGAAAAAAUAAGUUUUCAGAUAACUAUUAUCGUGCAGAAAUGAUUGAUGCCCUUGCCAACUCUGUUACGCCUGCAGUCAGUGUGAAUAAUGAAGUUCGAACUUUGGAUAAUUUAAAUCCGGAUGUGCGACUCAUUCUUGAAGAAAUCACUAGGUUUUUGAAUAUGGAAAAACUUCUUCCGAGUUAUAGACACACCAUCACUGUCAGUUGUUUGAGAGCCAUACGAGUGCUUCAGAAGAAUGGCCAUGUGCCAAGUGAUCCAGCUCUUUUUAAAUCUUACGCAGAAUAUGGCCACUUUGUGGACAUCAGGAUAGCAGCUUUGGAAGCAGUUGUUGACUAUACUAAAGUGGACAGGAGUUAUGAAGAAUUGCAAUGGCUACUUAAUAUGAUUCAGAAUGACCCUGUACCCUAUGUAAGACAUAAGAUUCUAAACAUGUUAACUAAGAACCCACCAUUUACUAAGAACAUGGAGUCUCCCUUAUGCAAUGAAGCUUUGGUAGAUCAACUUUGGAAACUUAUGAAUUCUGGUACUUCACAUGACUGGCGGUUACGGUGUGGUGCUGUGGACUUGUACUUCACACUGUUUGGCCUCAGUAGACCUUCCUGCUUACCCUUGCCAGAACUUGGCUUGGUCCUUAAUCUGAAAGAGAAAAAAGCUGUCUUGAAUCCAACCAUAAUUCCAGAGGCCAUAGCAGGCAACCAAGAAGCUGCGGUUAAUCCAAGUAGUCACACACAGCUAGUUGGAUUUCAGAACCCUGAAGAUGAUCACCUUGCCAAGGAAGCAUCAUGUAAUAUAUCAGCUCAUCAGCAGGGAGUGAAGAGGAAGGCUGAUACACCACUGGGGUCCCCACUAGAACCUGGUCAAAUACUGGAGAAGAAUGAGGAUAGCAGUAAAGUCAAACUCAAAAUCAGAUUUUCAAGCUCUCAAGAUGAGGAGGAGAUUGAUAUGGAUACUGUUCAUGAUAGCCAGGCGUUCAUUUCCCAUCAUUUAAACAUGCUUGAAAGGCCGUCAACUCCAGGGCUCUCUAAAUACCGGCCAGCCAGCUCCCGAUCUGCUUUAAUCCCCCAGCACUCAUCAGGUUCUGAUGGCACACCCAUCACAAAACCCCAGUGGAAUAUGGAACUUGCACGAAAGGGAACAGGAAUUCAUUUGGGUGUUUUUAAUCUUGAAGGUAAAGAACAAUCACCUUUGGAGAUGAGUAUGCAUCCAGUUGCAGCAGCUCCACUCUCAGUAUUUACUAAAGAAUCUACGUCCUCCAAACACAGCGACCACCAUCACCACCAUCACCAUGAGCACAAGAAAAAGAAGAAGAAGCACAAACAUAAGCAUAAGCACAAGCAUAAGCAUGAUAGCAAAGAAAAGGACAAGGAGCCUUUCACUUUUUCCAGCCCCGCCAGUGGCAGGUCUAUUCGUUCUCCUUCUCUUUCAGACUGAGAAGGGGACAAAGGAGACCUUUUCCUCAGUGUUCAGAAGAAUAUAUGUAACUAAAGCUUUGUCAGCUAUAAAGAAUGAUAAAAGGAAAAAAAAAUAGUUGCCUCCCAUAGAGAUUCAAGUUCUAAACAUUUGAUUUACAUUAUUUAUACAAUUGAAAUCUAAUUAGGAAAAUGUGUUUUAUAGUUCUGAAUAAACCAUUUCAUCCUGUUUCCUCCUUAAAAUACACACACACACACACACACACACACACACACACACACACACACACACACACACACA